GUAAACGUCACUUCGUUGCAAAGUACUGCAAAUCUUUAGCAUCUGAAAGGUAAAUUAUAAGUGAAUUAUAAUACGGGAAGCAUCAGAGCAUUACAAAUGCUAACUAAUUGCACAAAUAUUAUCUUGUUCAUCGUGGUAACAACUUGCGCAGCUACGCCAAUUCUUUUUAUAAAUCCCGGAACGAUGUUCGCUCAUCCAGCUGUUAUAAUUAAUUCUGAGAUGGAAGAUAAUUUACCUUAUGAAUUACGAAAUAAUUUCUAUAAAAAUCCAAGUAUUGCUGCUGGUCUCGCUAAGGAAUCCUGGUUUAUCGAUAAGGAAAUGCAGGUAAUCGACCGAGAGGCGGACAAAAUCCCAAAGGAAAAGAUUUACAAUGUGCUACAUAACGCUGGACUCAUUCGCAGAUAAUAUUAAGAUAAUGAAAAAUUGUUGGCGAAUUUGAGUGGGAGCACUUGUGUGUACUGGUGUAUAUAAAAGUCGUUAUACCGAUUUAAUCUGACAAUGAAUGUAAAGGUGAAAAACAAACAUUAAAAAUUAGAAAAUACAUCUUUUA